GUUCAAACGCAGUUCCUUCAAGCCAGGAGGGGAGGAGGGAAGAAGAACCAAGUCCCUCCCAGGCAAGCUCGGGAAACCCAAUGAAAAGGAGAAAGCAGCUCUUCCCCUUCCUACUCCCUCCCUGGGUGUUGGCUCUUGCGUGCCAUCGCUUCUAACGUGUUUUUUUUUUUUUUUGCUCCUCCCGCCAAAAAAGGGGAGGGGACUGGACUUUUAUUCUAUUCUGCCAGAGUUUACCACAUUGUGGAGGCUCCAUUCCCUUCUGGUCACUUUUUUCUCUGGCCCGCUUGUUGUUGCCUUCACUCCGUUUCCCCCUCUCCUGUUCUGUACCAUGUUUAGCUUCUUGAGAGACUUUGUGGUCCCCGAGGCUGCCUGUGAGGCGCCCGACAGUAAUUCGAGGUACGAAAAUCUCUUCAAGAAGCUAGACCUCAAUGAGGAUGGACGGGUGGACAUCGCCGAGCUACACGCCGGCCUCAGAGCUUUGGGCAUCCCCCUGGGAGAUGACGCGGAGAAGAAAAUUUUCAGAGCUGGAGAUACUAACCAAGAUGAUAGGCUGGACUUUGAAGAAUUUACGCAUUAUCUUAAAGACCAUGAGAAGAAAAUGAAAAUAGCAUUUAAAAGUCUGGACAAAAACAAUGAUGGAGUAAUUGAAGCAUCAGAGAUUGUUCAGUCCCUCAAGAUCUUGGGUAUAGAUGUUUCAGAAAAACAGGCAAAGAAGAUUCUACAAAGCAUAGAUGCUGAUGGGACAAUGUCAGUGGACUGGAAUGAGUGGCGGGACCAUUUUUUAUUCAAUCCAGCUACAGAUAUUCAAGGAAUCAUCCGAUACUGGAAACAUUCCACAGUAUUGGACAUUGGAGAUAGUUUAACUAUCCCCGAUGAGUUCACAGAAGAAGAGAAAAAGACUGGACAAUGGUGGAGGCAGCUUUUGUCAGGAGGAGUUGCUGGUGCUGUGUCUCGAACAGGAACAGCCCCACUGGACCGCCUUAAAGUCAUGAUGCAGGUCCAUGGCUCAAAGGGAAAAAUGAACAUAGCAGGUGGCCUGCAACAGAUGGUGAAAGAAGGAGGAGUCCGUUCGCUUUGGAGAGGAAAUGGUGUCAAUGUUGUUAAAAUAGCACCUGAAACAGCAAUUAAGUUCUGGGCAUACGAACGGUACAAGAUGAUGUUCGUCAAUGAAGAGGGAAAGGUUGGCACUGCGGAAAGGUUUAUAUCUGGUUCCCUGGCUGGGGCGACUGCACAGACUUCUAUUUAUCCCAUGGAGGUAUUAAAGACCAGACUGGCUGUGGGUAAAACAGGGCAAUACGCUGGAAUGUUUGACUGUGCUAAGAAGAUCUUAAGAAGAGAAGGUGUGAAGGCCUUUUACAAAGGUUAUAUUCCCAAUAUUUUGGGCAUCAUUCCUUAUGCUGGCAUUGACCUGGCUGUUUAUGAGGCUUUGAAGAAGACAUGGCUAGAAAAAUACGCAACAGACUCUGCCAACCCUGGUGUACUUGUAUUAUUGGGAUGUGGUACUGCAUCCAGUACGUGUGGCCAGUUAGCCAGUUAUCCUCUUGCCCUUGUCCGCACUCGAAUGCAGGCUCAAGCCUUGGUAGAAAAUGGCCCUCAACUAACCAUGGUUGGUCUCUUCCAAAGAAUUAUUGCUAAGGAAGGAAUCCUGGGACUUUACAGGGGCAUAGCUCCUAACUUCAUGAAAGUGCUUCCUGCUGUCAGCAUCAGUUAUGUGGUAUAUGAAAAGAUGAAGGAGAGCUUGGGGAUAGCUUGAAAGAAAGGGAGAGAAAAAUUGAGAGGUUCAUCGCAGAAUAAUGCACACCAGAUGAAACCUUCUUGGAUGCUAAAUUUAUUCAUGUUUACAAUUGGAUUCAGUUCUUCUGUGCAAAGAUUCUAUGGGGAUCUCUUCAAGAAUGGAAUCCACUUAACCUGAAACAGCUGUAAGCCAAGUACCUUAAAAAAACAAACCCAACAACCUCAAGUCUCCAAAUCUUAACAAUCAAGAAAUAUUUCAUUGCUAGCCAAACUGAGUGAUGGAAGAUCUUCAAAAACUCAUCUCUAGUCAAGUGGCUUUAAUUUUCUGAUUUCUCUAAAAUACAUUUUAUUGAGUUAUAGAUGUAUUUUUAAGCAGCAAAUACUGCAUUAUUAAGAUUUGCAUUUGGUCAGUGGGUUGUGCUGUCCUGUGCAUACCAAAAAUAUGACUGUCCUUUAUAUUCUGCAGUGGGGAAAUAGGGUUAUGAAAGUAAUGUUAAACUUUUGGGGGGGAAAUCCUGAAAAACAAUGCAGAGAGAAGCAGUGAGGUUCCUAGAUACAUUAGAUUUCCAUUCUAACUUAAAAUAUUAUGGAAGAUUUAGGACCAUCAAUUGGAAACAGUGUUCUGGUGAAAUUGAAUCUCUGUCCUGAACAGAGGUCACUUUGAGUCAUUUCAGUGGAACUUUCACAGGUGCAUCUUCCUAAUCCACCCAUAAUUGGUCUUGACUAAGUCUCAUUUAAAAUCAUUGGAAGAUAUUAGCCACAACUAAGUUUUGUUUUCUUUCAAUGGGACUUAGUUGUGACUGACUUUAGCAUGAAAAGGUCUUCACUAAUUGCAUCCAUUUGUCAAAUACUUCACUUAGAAAUGAAUACAGAUUUUAAGUGUCUCAUGACACUUUCACUGUACUGUGCUACUGUCCAUGAAACUUGUAAAUAUUGGUACAAAAAAGCAAGAGUAGUCUUUGAUGCUUGUUGUUUGAUUGCUACAGAAACCUUGACUGUUUGCAGUCACAGGAUAAAAACACCUUAAAAAUAUUCAUUAUAUUUCCAUUGUCUUAGGGGAAAUGUUUCAGCUACAGGUCUUUGGCCAUAUGUAGUGUUACCAGUAAGGAACUGUGAGCUGUGACAGUGGGAUUCUAGAAUGUAUGGGAAGCCUCCAUUGAUACAAAAGGUCUCAUUGCUUCAAAUGGUCACCUUCUACAAAUUGGAAAGUAACUGAAACAAAGGUGGUGGAGCUUGUAUGCUUAUCCUUCCUGCCCCCUUUCAUGUUUCCCUGUUGCUAACACCUGCAUAGGGCUGAGUAUGUGGAAGGUUGAAAAAAUGCAGUUCAGAAACAGAGCAGGAGUAGGAUUAUUUGUGCAGCCUUACAGCAACCAUACUUUUUCCCUUAGUAUUUUUGCAGGUUAGGCUGGCCUCCUUAAUGGAGAGCUACUCCUUUUUAAUGGUAUAGUGGAGGCUGUUGAGUGAUAAUUGAAAACUCCCAUUUCUUCAGCACCCAAAUCAAAUAACUAGGCAGAUUGGUUGAGAGAAACCAGUACACUGAAAUUACCCAAUUGACCGUAAAGAGCAUUGCCACCAGGCUACUAACAAUGCAAUCCCAUGUCUAUUUACUAAGAAAAAUGUCCCUCUAAGUUCAAUAUGAUUUGCUGUCUUGUAAUGGUAAUUAGGAUUGCGAUCUAAAUUAAAUGGCUGUAAGCAAAUGCAAGUUAAGCAUUGAGUGUAUCAGUCAGGCUGAACAUACAAGAAAAGAUUUUUGAAAACUCUUCCUGCAUGCUUGUUGCAAGGUCUUUUAAUGUAUGGAUGUCUCAUUGAAUGAAUUGUCAGUUUCAAAGUAUAUUUCAGAUAUCUGUGAAAUUAAUGAUGAUGACUGCUGCAUGUAGAAUAUUGUUUACACAAAUCAUUGAAAUCACGCUCACUUAAUUACAACAGACACUCCCUAGCAUCAUAGAAGCAGAUUUGUAUUGUAAGGGUUUCUCCAUUUCUUCAAGAUAUGGCUGCUCUCUUUUUAUUUUAGGCAAGUGAAGAUGGCAUGCUUAAUUGCAUUAGAGUGAAUGAUCUAUUUGGUGCUAGAAGCUCAGAAGAGCAACAAUUCUAAGAGGUUAUGCAUCCCAGAGAAGAUGUGGCUUAGAAGGCAACGUCGCUCUUGAAUAGCCCAUCUUGUUUCUAAACCUGCUAUACUCUGGUAAUAUACAGAACUUCAAAUCAGCUAAUCAAAGGCCAGUUGGAGUCACUUUGGGCCAAUUAAUUCAUGCCACUACAUAUGCAGAUACAUUAUCAUGUCUAGAGAGCUUAGUGUUAGCUGCUAUUAUACAUCCAGGAAGGUGGCAACUAUUUCCAUGACUGUGGCUAUACUUUUUGACAACCGUGAAAAUUAAGAUUACUAUACAACCUAAUUCACACUAGCCUGUCUUGAUUGUGGUCAGAUACCCAUAUGAAGCAGUUUGAUAGCAUGAACUCCCCCUAGAAAUAGCCUAGAUCAAAUAUUUUCAUGGUACCAUUACUGACUUCCCUUCCUUGAUCUGCAUUCCUUUUGCCGGCUUCUCAAUGUUAGUAGGGUGGCAUUCUGUGUUUGCACUAAAUGCCUUCUUUUGCAUUAGUGUUACUUUGAUUUUUGGAACCAUAACAAUAGAGAAAGUGGUUCUGUUAACUGUCUUCCUUCAUCAUGUUACUUGUCCUCUGUUUUAGCUAAAGAACCUUUCUUGAGUCCCACAAAGAUUUCACAAAUGGGUUGGGUGAUCUGGCUGUAUCUUUUGACUGGUUUGGAAAUGAAUGUGAACUCCAAAUACUGUAAUACAAACUACAAAGAGGAAUCCAUAUUAGCACUUUUUGAGCUGCACUGUGCUUUUAAUUAGUUGCUAUACAGUGCAGCAAGCCUUCUUUAAUAGUUUUUUUAUAUCACAAUCUAAAAAAUCAUGUAUCUUACAUAUCUCUUAUUUUAGGUGGUGCACAUUAGAGUGCUCAUUUCUGAAUGGCAGCUUUUUCAGAUUUUAUCUUGUCCCAAAAUGAUUGUCUCUCUUUGCACUUGAUCAGAAUCAAAGAAUUAAUUCAGUAGAGGCUUAAUACUAGGUGCCCUGUUUUUUUAACACAAAUCUGGUAUUACAUGCUACUAUGCGUUUGUCUAUUUGUACAUAUGACUCCGUAAAUUAUAUAUUUCUUUUAACUGAGCCUGCAGAUAUGCUUAUUUUGUUCAUAGUUCAGAGAUGACAUAAACAGUCUGUGAACCAGUCUCAGUCAGUUUUCUUGAAUAAGUGCACUUACGAUAAUGCUGGUGUUGGUGUUUUCUUUCCAGAUUGUUGGAAGUAUACAUGAGAGGAUGCAGAUAUAAUUCCAUUACUUUGUGCCUAAAAAGAACGGGGUUCUAAUGGAUGCUUUUUAUAAACCUAUACAUCUAUCAGUUUAUAAUAAACAAGAUUUUGUAA